CAGUGAACCGCUCGUAUUCGAACUUUGGAUGUAUUACCACAGAAUAGAAGAUGUAUUACACUUGUAAUACUUCGUGCCGUUUUGGGAAACACUGCGUGUCGUUGACAGAUUCACCACGAAAACAUGGCGCAUGUGCCCGGUUUCGUCGCGAUAACAAAUGUGCACCGACGAACGUUUAUUUUAUUCAAAUCUAUCCGCCUCAUGACAUAAUCUCAGUUCUUUCCAAAACCAUAUUUUUUUCUACUCGAAUGUUUUGCUUUUGGUUCAUGGCGUCGUCCGGACGACUAUUCGCUCGUCGCGCGUGUUUUUAACUACAAUUCGUCAUCGACUCCCGGUCGUUUUCGAUUGUACACUUCCCCGACUCGGCUAUCUGUCAUUUUCCGUAGAAUCCCGCGUCCAUGUGAGAAAUCGUCGUGUGAACGUCAUCCUACUCCCCGGAACAUGGUGUCGCUGUUGACCAAUAUCUGGAACUGGGUUUCCGGACAAACGCAGAUGCACGAAUUGCCGGAAAACAUAUUUUUCGAAAAAGACGUAUCGGCCGACAACGGUUUCUGGAUAUCGUGCAUUUUGGACCCAACUUUGGAAAUCAAAUAUGUUAACGGUAUUGUGACACAUAUGUUGGAUACGGAUAAAUGUCUGAUAAAUGGUAUUUAUCAUUAUCAGCCAAAAACUGAAAAAGAAAUUCGAAACUUUCCCUACAUAGAAGUAAACAGUGCUGUCAGGAUAUCUCUCUACAGGAAAAAGAAUUCAAAUGCACAGUGGCAAGUUGCGAGUUGCUUUAUAUCAAAAGAAGGUUCUCGCCAUCGAGGCACAAAUGUUGCACAGAAUGAGUCUGUGAGAGUUCAUUUUAGUAGUAAUGAAUCCCCUCCUCAUAUCAAUCAGGUUAAAGAAAAUGAUGAAAGUCUUAUGACUGUGGAAGUAAUGGGCGAUAUGCCUAAAAUGGUUGCUUUAGAUCAUGAAUCGACAAUACAGAUAUUAUUUAGGAAUAACAGCUUUGUUGAAGAGCAAGAGUUAAUUGAUUAUCACACCAUGGAAGGAAAUAAAUCACAGUUAUUUGUUGCCAAUAAAAUUAUAUUACCUUUAAUAAUUGGUGCACAUUCACAGUAUAUUUUUGAUAUAAACAUUAAAGGAAAGUAUUUAGGAAAAUCCACUGAGAAGGUUAUAUUUAUUUUCAAAGAUAUUACUUACAAAGUAGGAAUAAAUAUUGAUAUUACUGACUCAAGAAUAAUUAUUCCAAAUAAUCCUGGUAUAUAUACCCGCAAAGAAGUUGAUAUGAAGAGGUUAUUUGAACUUCUAAACGAUCCUAUCAUUCUUGGGGUUCAUAAAAAUAAUAGAGUACAGUUUCCAGCUGUUAAAAUAGGAAAUUGGAAUAUUCCAUCUCAACUAACAAAAUGUUUCUGGACAGAAGAUGGAAAAUUUAAUACAAAUUUAUCUGAAAUUAAAACAAAAAUUGCUACAUUGUAUCCUGCUGUUUUUGAAACUCUUACCUACCACAAUUACAAAGCAAAAUUUCAUAGCCUUUUAUUCAUUGAAGAAAUUGAAGUUUUUCGUUGCCUCCAAAAAUAUUCUAAAGAAAGAAUUCAUUUUGAUCAUGUUGGGGAAUAUUUGGUUUUAAAAAUACCAGACCUUUCUGAGCAACGUCCUUCAUUAAUUCCUGGUGAUCGAAUUUCAGUUACAGAUCCACCAAACUGCACUAAAAGAUUAGGUGAAUCUGGACAAUAUGAAGGUAUUAUUCAUAGGGUUUUGGCAGACGAAAUAUGGUUGAAGUUUGAUCCAGAAUUUCAUUCAAUCUGUGGCCAUUGGGAUUACAGUGUAAACUUCUUUAAUUCUAGAACUGUUACUCGUAAACAGCAUGAAGUCAUCGACAAGUUAUGGGAAAAGAAAAGAUUAGGGGAAUCAUUUUUGUUCCCGUACCGGGAUUGUAUGGAAUAUCAGCCCUCAAAAUUGGAAAUCACAAGCCUUAAUGAGAUCAAUACAAAUCCUAAUUUUAAUGAUAAUUUAGACAUGAAAACCGAUUCUCUAUUACCUUCACCAAAAGUUGUACAAAAUAUCAGAUGGUUUAAUGAAAAGUUGAAUUCCGAACAAAAAUCUGCAGUUAUUAAUAUUCUGAAAGGUGAAGGAAGACCAAUGCCAUAUAUUAUUUAUGGACCACCUGGUACUGGGAAAACUAUUACAUUAACAGAAGCUAUCAUUCAAGUAUACAAACAAUUCCCCAAAAGCAAAUUGUUGAUAUGUGCUCCUACAAAUGCUGCUGUUGACAUAUUGCUGAGUAAAUUAGUUAAUUCGGGUUUAUUCAAUCCCUCUAUAUUGAAACGAUUAGUUGGUUAUAAUCAUUUUAUCAGUAAUGCAUAUGAUAUGGAUUUUGAUGAGUAUUGUGCGUUACCUGAACUCGAAUCUUCAGUCCAAUAUCAAGAAACAGAUUCAAAGUUAAUAAGGAAAAGGGAUAUUCUUAAACUACGCAUAGUUCUCACUACAGAAGGCUCAUCUGGUAUACUUUAUAUGAUGGGUCUUAAAAGUGGAACCUUUACUCACAUAUUUAUUGAUGAAGCUGGACAAUCAAUGGAACCAGAAAUAUUAUUACCUCUUUCAUUUCUGGAUCCUAGUCGUGAUGGACAAGUUGUGUUGGCUGGAGAUCCAAAGCAGUUAGGACCUGUUCUUAUGUCAAAUAUAUCAAAGUUCUCUGGUUUGAAUCAGUCCAUGUUAUUGCGAUUUAUCAACUAUCCAUCUUACCUGAGAGAUCUUAAUAUGUUUCCAGAACAUAACGGUUAUAACCCUAAAGUCAUUACACAUUUGGUUAAAAAUUAUCGAUCUGUACCAGAAAUUUUACAUAAUUACAGUAAACUAUUUUAUAAAUCAUUACUUGUGGCAACUAAAGUAGAAGAUAAUACACCAGAGAGAAUAUUAUUAAACAAUUUAAAUGAAAAUGUUCACUGGGAAAUUGGUUGUAAGGGACCAGUUAUUGUGCAUGGUAUUAUUGGAGAAAACCAUCAAGAGCCCCAUAGUCCUUCAUGGUUUAAUCCCCAUGAAGCUUUCCAAGUAUUAUUGUAUGUUACACGGUUAAUGAAAGCAGGAAUAUCAGCUGAUGACAUAGGCAUUAUCACUCCUUAUAGUAGUCAGAUUGCUAAAAUUAGUGAGUUAUUGAAAAUGUAUCAUCCAUCUGUUAAAUUACCCAAAGUGGGUUCUGUUGAAAUGUUCCAAGGUCAAGAAAAAAUGGUCAUUUUGAUAUCUAUGGUCAGGAAUCAAUCAUUGAUAGGAAAUAAUGUUGAUGAAAAAUUUAAACUCGGCUUUCUUAUGGCAAAAGAACGCACCAAUGUUGCAAUUUCUAGAGCAAAAGCAUUACUUAUUAUUAUCGGUAAUCCAUUCAUAAUGCAAAAGAAUACAAAAUGGAACUACAUUCUGCAGCGAGCAAUAAGGGAGGAAAACUAUAUUGGAUGUACUAUUCCAGAAGUUAAUGCUGAUUCCUAAUACUAAUAUUGUUAUUUAUUUUUAAGUUUUAAAUAAAUAUUUUUUUUAAUGUUAAA